AUGUCGAACUUCGUCCCUAGUGCGAGCGUUCGGGAGAAGCUUCUUCUGGGAAUCAAAAUUGGCUCGCAACGAAGGGCAAAAUUCGAAGCACUCCACCGCGAGGACAAGAAUUACUAUAAGAAUGAGUCUCCCAACGAUGUCAUCGCGAUCGAUAAUAUCCGGUCGACCGAUUGGACUCUAGAAAUUCCUUACGACCUUCACCAAGAGGCUGUUGGUGCUAGUGCCACACAGCAAAUCGUGUCGAUGGGGCUCGAAAACCAGCCAACCGUAUAUGAUGACAGGGGGAAACUGGGUCUCGACAAAAGAGAGAUGCGCGCCAAAUGGCUUCGUCACCAUCAGGCAAGACUUCCAUUCGUUCAAGGAAGUGUGCGCCGACUGAAGGCGGCGCUCGGCGCAUUCAACGAGACUCCUUACAAUAUACAGGGAAUGACGAGUCUCCGACGAGCCGGCCAAGUCAUGAACGUUGAAUGGAGACAAGGCCCACGAGGCCGGCAAAUGAGCAUGAACUUCAGUGCCUUUGAGGAAAGAUCCAAAGAGACCAACGGAUAUCGAAAGCGUACCAUACAAUCAAUCCAUUUUCAGAAGGAGGACAACGCUCGACACAAAGACUUUGGUCCACCACUGGAUGCUGAAAACGCCCAACAACUCCAGGAGAGUCUCAGUACGGAGAUGUACUUUGGACAUGAAGAGAACCAUCCGAUAGCCAUGCAUGAUUUUGAAAUAACCGACGCCAUUGGUAAGAACCGCAGAUGGCUUUGCAUCGAAAUCUCUAGGCCACUGGUGCUAAGCGACGGUCCGGUUCCCCUCGACCUCGAUCCGAUGCCGCUUUCCACCAUCAAAAUUGCGGUACCAGUCGACAAGGUGACUGUGAUGCCACACCCUUGGCAACAUCAGAUGAUCCGCGACAUAGCUCCAGAUCAAGCGGCGGUUCCCCGGGGACUCGGAGACUUCUCGAACUCCUCUUACGGCUCAUAUAAUGUGCCAGAGGAAUCAGCAAGGUUGAGAUUGAAGCUGAGUAAAGACGGCAUCCCCAUUUUCGUGACCCAGUCGAAAGUAGACCAAAUUCCGGGCCAUCAGAUAGUGGAAGACUUUUUGACGACAGAUAAAGUACCCGGCCUCCCUUGGAAGGAAACAGACCGAAGAGCUAAAGCCGAAACCAAGGUUAAGCGGAAAGGGGAGUUUUGGGAGCGCGUUGGUCAAGCCGCACAAGAGAACAGGCUGCAGUGGAUAUCUCUCCAGCAAGCGAUGGCCAGAGACAGCUGCGUGGUGGACAUCAUUUUCAAAGACGAAUGGAUUGAUGUUCCUGCAAGAAUUGCGGCCCGAGACCUUUCACGAGAUCCCUCUUUCGCCCAGGUCCCGGCACAAAUUCCUCGGCAUAUACGGGCGAGGCCGAGUGUUCAGCCCACUGGGAGGUAUCCGAGUCAUGCGAGCUACCGUCCAGGAAGUUCUGGGCUUAGGAACGAAGUUAGGAUGUAG